CCAGCGUCGUCAUUCAAAGUCGCAUUUUGUUUUCUUAGCAAAUCCGGCCCGAAGAAUCAAUCCGCAAAGCUCGCGAGAGCCAACAGGAAAUAUGUGCAAGCACAUCUUGAACGCCCAGGUCUCCAUCCGGUCGCCAUGCUGCCGGAAAUGGUUUGACUGCGCCGACUGCCACCUGGAGCAGGAGAAGCACGAACUCCGCAAGACGGUCGACAUGACCUUCGCCUGCAAGAAAUGCAAAAAGUGUUUCCGCAAGGAUGCGACAGAGUUUGAGGAGGCCGACGAGUACUGCCCGCACUGCGACAACCACUUCGUCCUCGAUGCCCUCACUCCCAAGGCCGCCAUCUCGGUCGAGGGCGAGGAUGCCAGAAUGGACAACCGGAUGCUGAGGGACGACCGCGUCAAGGAGCCCAAGCAGAGGACAAUAUUCGAUCCUGAGGACGAUGCGGACAAACUGGGCUGAUGACAGACGAGAUCCUCGAGUGGUUGGCACCAAGGAACAUGUGUGCAGGUACCAAGACGGGAGCACGAUGCUCAAAUGGAUUG